AUGGGCUUAGAAGAACACAUGAUGUUUUUAGAGAGAAUGUCACAGCUAAUUUUGAGUGCAGUACCAAGAGCUGAAUAUUCCAGUUUAUUCAAUGAUUUUGUUGAAUCUGAAUUUUUUCUGAUUGAUGGAGAUUCAUUACUUAUUACAUGCAUAUGUGAGAAAUCAUUAAAACCGGGGCAGGAGCUCCACUUCUUUUAUCUGGUUGAAUACUAUCUUAUGGAUCUUGCCAGUAAAGGAGGACAAUUUGCCAUAGUUUUCUUCAAGGAUGCUGAGUAUGCAUAUUUCAACUUCCCAGAACUUCUUCCAUUGAGAACUGCUUUAAUUCUUCAUCUUCAGCAUAAUACCACCAUUGAUGUUCGAACAAAAUUUUCUGGAUGCCUGUCACAGGAGUGGGAGGCUUUCUUGGAAGACACUUACCCAUAUUACCUAGUAGUUGCAGAUGAAGGCCUGAACCAUCUACAAACAUACCUUUUCAACUUUUUAAUUACUCAGUCUUGGGCGAUGAAGGUCAACGUUGUGCUUUCCUCAGGGCAAAAAUCUGAUAUUCUUCGACUUUAUGCAUAUCUUAUGCCAAGCAGUCAGAAAAACCAAAAAUUUUUCAAAGAGAAUAAAAAGAAGAUUGAGAGUGCUUAUAAAACCCUGAUUAAACAAUUGGAAGAGUAUAGAAUUUCAGCACUAGAAUCUCUUUUUGGAAAAUUAAAAUGGAAAAAUAUGAUGAAAGAGGCACAUGAAACUAUUUCUCAGCUUAAGCAACUCUGGCCAGAAGGAUCUGACAUUCGACGUGUUCUUUGUGUUACUUCAUGCUCAUUGUCUUUGAGAAUGUACCAUCACUUUUUAGAAAACAGAAAGAAGACUACGUCUGAUGAGAAAACUAACAUCCAAGAGGUGGAAAGUAAUUGCUUAGCUCUACAAGAGAUGGAAGAUUUGUGUAAACUGCAUUGUCUCAGUGUGGUUUUCCUACUCCACUUACCUCUUUCUCAAAGAGCCUGCACUAGAUUCAUCACUUCUCAUUGGACUAAGAACAUUCACACUUUCUUAGAAAUGGUUCUUUAUGAAGUAGGAAUCAAAGUCAAAAUGCUGAAUGCUGUGGUGAGGAAACAAGCCCAGAAAUUUAAGAACGGUGAAAUAUUUUGGAAAUAUUUACCAAGGAUCUUAGGGGUCAAACUAUAUUGA